CUCAACUCUCAAACCUCUGCUGUUUUGAUUCUUCCAUAUCUUCUUUUUCCAGUGCCGGGAUAAUGGUAAACUGCCUCUGCAAACCUCCGAUGACUGUGAUUCUUUUGCUUGGUUGAAGAUUUAAUCUUUUAAAGUUCCUCAUUCCAUAAAGCCUGUGACUCAUUCCAGUAUGGUGAGAGGCUGAGCCUUCAAGCAGGGUAAACCUGUCCCACUCAGUAAAGUGACGUGAGCCUUCCACCUGUGGUGUGUCUGCUUGGACGUGAGUGCUGCAGCAGGACACCGAAGCUCCCGUCAGGCCUGAGAGAUGGAGAGCGAGACAGGCACACAGACUAGCUCUCCUUCCGUCAGUCCUGCUCCACCAGAACUGUCCAACUCGGUAAACCACGCUCCCCGUUUCGGCACAGUCAUCCCCAACCGUAUCUUUGUAGGUGGAAUCGAUAUUAAAACUAAUGAGAAUGAUCUCGGGAGAUUUUUCUCUCAAUAUGGAACGAUCAAAGAAGUGAAGAUUGUUAUUGAUCGUGCUGGAGUGUCAAAGGGAUACGGCUUUGUCACAUUCGAAUGUCAGGAGGAUGCACAGAAAAUUCUGCAUGAUGCUGAUCGGCUGUGUUUCCGGGAUAAGAGGCUGAACAUUGGCCAGGCCAUUCGCAAACAGCAAGUGGGAGUGCACUCAGGUGGCUACACUGUUACAAGUCCUGGUCCCACCCUAGCCCUCCCGGCUCCUGUGGGCACCAUGUACCUGACUACACCUACAGGAUAUCCCUACACCUAUCACAAUGGAGUGGCCUACUUCCACACACCAGAGCCCAGCACCCACAGCUCACAAUGGCCUCCUUCACAUGUGGCAUCUGGAGCACCAGUGAUGGUGCCACACACUCCUCCCACUUUCUGCACUCCACAUGCAUACCACCAGUACCAGCAUGUUUCACAGGGUCCCUCCCAGUGGGUGUCUGGACACCUGCAAUGGGCUGUUCCUCAGGUAGAGUCUCCUGUCCCUUUGAGCCCAACCCCUUUGUUAUAUGUGCAGCCCACCGAGCUAAUGUAUCACCCCAUGGAGCUGUCUGCAGACAAUGGGUGUGUUCAAUCAGCUAUGCCUUUGGUGGAGGCUGCCAUUCCUGAGGCAUAUGUGGAUCACAUGGUGCAAUCAUCAUAUCAGAUUUGCAUGCAGAACCCAGUGAUUCUGUCGCAGGAUGGAGUCAAGGAGCAUAAGGUCCAUCCGGUCAGACGAGGUUACUCCCACUCUCCUAUUCACUUGAAGCCCAGGUAUGGCCGCGGUCCACAUUUCACGAACCUGCGUAAGGACUACGGUCCCAACCCGGCUCAGGGUCCUCCACCGCUACCAUCUCUGACUGCCCAGGAGGUGCUAAAAUAGAGGCCUUUGCUCAGCCGAGGCACCUGGCCAUUCUGCUCCAGCUCACAGCUCAGCACACCUGUCUAAUUGACACUAACCCGACUCUAGUCCUCAACACUGCUUAAUUUGAACCAAACCUCUCUCUGCAAUAUGACAGCUGAGUAUUAAAGGUGAUCAAAAGUUGCAAAACUUGCAAUAGAAGUAAAACUGUAGUCAACUUUAGUUCACAUGGACAAAUUCAUAAAAUUCCUUUAAUGACUGAAAGAACAGUUGAAGCAAAAUGCCACUCAUCUGGAUAACACUAUUGUAACUUGCCUAAUGUCAGUCUCAUGGAAAUUUCACUGCCUUUUACACUUUUAUACAGAAAGAAUGAUGUCAUUGCAUGUUCUUAUAUACCUAAUUUUAAAACCUUUUAUUAAGACACCUUAGUAUCAUUCUUAGUUAUUUUACAGUCACAGUACUCAUUUGAUCAGCUUAUACAACCAGCCACACUUAUUUAUUUAUUUAAACAUAUCUGCCUGAAUAUAUCUGUAGUAUGUCUUAUAGUUUAAUAGCAAAUGGGGUCAUUCUCCCACAUUCUCUUAUGUACUCCCUUCAAAUGUUCUCUUUCAGAUUUUUUCUUUUUGGGACCUGAGUGGUGUUUAUGUACAUAGUUAAAAUAACAUGUAGUCUUCACUCAUUACAAGCAUUGUGACAUAUUCAUCAAAAAUGUUUACAUGUCACUCACUCAUAAUCUUAAGAAGUGGAACUUGCACUGAAUAAAGCCUUAAAGUAGCGUUGUAUAAAUUGCCAUUUGGACAACUACCUGGCCUGAAGAAUAUACCAAUAGUGUUUUAUGAGCCACGUUUCCUUCAUAAUUUAGCACUACAAAGCAGGUCUCACCACUUCAGCACAAGCUAUUUUUCUGUAGUAAAUCUAGUCCAGUGAGCGUUAAAGAAGGGUAAUUCUCCUUUUUGACAUUGCUGUAUUUGCAUUAAGUGAUAUACACUUAUUAAUAUGUACAAAUGUUUACAACUAUGAUUGCAACGUUCAGGGUGUAUUUUAUCUUUAAAAAGGUUAUUCAGUUGUUAAAACUCCCUGGUUCUCUCCAACAGUGGGAGAUGGUAUUGUAUUUUUUGGAGUUUUUUUGGUUUUCUUACAUAAAGUGAUCUGAAUCUCUGGAGGAUACCUAUUGCAAAACCCUGCUUUCUAAUGGUGUAUGCUUCUUAUUCUGUUCAUGCUUGUAGUAGAUUACACUUUUCUGGGCAUUUGCCAAGUUCCAGUUUUUGUAGUUAAAUGUGUAUAUGCCAAAAUGUUAUUACCAUAGUGCUUUCCUCUUUCUACAUAUGA